AUGAUCAGACUCCAGUUCACCCUACCCGGGGGGAAGACCCUUGUUGGAUUAUCGGCCCUGAAUUCAGCUUACACUUCUAGUGGUUCCAGUGUUCGUGUCGGCCCACAGAGUACUCUUUUUAGAGGUCCCAAUACUACUCUUCAUCAUGCCGGCCCGCAGAGUACUGUUUUUAGAGGUCCCCCUCUGACUAGUCAGCCUCGUUCCCAUUUUGGUGGCGCAUCCAUUGGUGCCUCUAUCCGUCCUGAGGCAGUUGCAUCGUUAUCAGGUACUAGCAGACGGUCUAAAGUUUCUACUGAAAAAACUGAUGAUUGGGUUGUGACGGACGACGUACCUGGCGGGCCAUGUGAUGGGUCAGUGAUUCCUAGUUUUCUUGGCCACACUGCUUAUCAGUUGUGGAAUGGAGAACCAAGAGAUUACCUGACGAUGAAGCCAGUGAAGAAGAGUUUGUCUAGAUUGCAUGGAUGGUAUGCGAGGUUACCGGAGAACGCACAGUUACAGAUUCAGAAUAUCGAAGCUGAAAUUUUGAAGAUGCAGGUUGCGAGAUUGCUUGGGAUGCCGGUGGCUGAGUUAAAGCGUGCAUGGAGCUACGGAAGUGUGAGCGACAUAUUGAUUGAGGAGUGUUGUCGCAGGGUCCUCCCCGCUGUUCAGGUGCAAGCUUGGGUGUGGAUCUUAUUAGCCUCGACACUCUUCCUUGACAGGAGUGGGGGCAGGAUCAGUGCUUCGCUUAUGAAUGAGCUGCACGGAGGUAUCGACAAUAUUGCAGAGUACUCCUCGGGAUCCGGUACACUAGCAUUCCUCUACUGUCAGCUUGGGAUUGCUAGUCGAGCAGGGUGUACCACGAUGGCUGGUUGUAUGACCCUUCUCCAGGCAUGGAUAUAUGAGUAUUUUUCAUGCUUCCAGCCUCCAAGAGGCGGGGACGUCGAGGUUGAAUGGAAGCCAUUUGGUUGCGAACAGGCGGCAGCAUAUCCGAGUACCAUCUUCAAUGGGUGGAUUAUGUACCACGACUUCCAGGAGCCAUACAUGUCGGAGAGAGUGCUACACCAACUCGGUUACGUGCAGUACAUACCUCGUGCGCCGCUCACGCCGGUCACUCAGUUUCGCGGGAAAAAUGCGCACAAGUAUUUUGUUGAUCGUCCGAUUGCCGAGACCUGUAACUGUUGGGUUAGAUUUCUGGAGUCAAAGUGUAUCAGACUCAGUCAUUGUGUGCCGGUAUCGUCUACUGAGGUAGGACAGGCAGUUGUAGAUUACCCCGACUGGUAUAAGAGCCAUUCACAUCCAUUUCUACUGCCGGAAUCCGUACCGUCUACAUCACGCAUCCCAGGGAAGAACUGCACCACUUACUGGAUGCGUGAGAUGGAGAGGUUGACUCGAGGUUGCAUCGACGAUUUGAAGAAACUCGAUAUGGGUCUUGGUGAGGAGUGGGAUACUCGCCUAGAUGAUGUCAUCUUCCAUCACAGUCAGGCCCCAUGA